CCGUUGUCCUGAACCGUAUUUCACAGUUUGUCUUUGGGUGCAAAACAAUAGGGGAGCGGAUGGUGUGGUCGCCGUCUCCAUUUAGACCGUUUUGGUAGUAGACGUUCUUUUAACAAAAGAGAUGUGGAGCAGCAAAGCUUCCCGCUCUUCUCGCUACUUGACCGUUGUUGGGCAUGGGACGUGCUGAUCGGCACUGGAAAUAGCACUGCUGCUGGGAGAAAUUUUGUUAAGAUCAGUUCUGAAACUCUCCUGCUUCUUUCUAUAAGGCAAUAUCUAGCUGCCAUGUCUGAGCCAGGAGAGGAUGAAGAGCGUGGGAAAGACAAGGAGAGGGGUGCCCGUCCAAAGGUGAGGCAGAGUCGAUCUGUGGACAGAAAGGAAGGUGCUGCGGGGAACAAAGGUAUUAGAAUAAAGAAGAAAAGCAGAGCCUCUAACAGCCAACCGCUUUCACGGCCUGUAAGUGAUGGCUUUGAGUAUGGAGAGCUGCUGAAUGGCCGCCCAUCACGCAACAAAGGAUCCUCCUCUCCCCUUAGGGAACAGAGAAGGUGGCCAGAUCUAGGUGCUGGUAGACUUUUGGCUGGUUUGAACGGGGAGAAUGAGGCAACAGCUAGCGAGCCUGGAGGUAAGGCAUCUGGUGGUAGCCGGUCCCUACGUCAGAAGAUCCAAGAUGCAGUGGGGCAAUGUUUCCCUAUCAAAUCCCACACUGUCUCCUCACAGCCGGUCCUCUCCCCAUCCACCUCUGCUUGUGCUGCUUCUCGCCGCAAGAUCCAUCUCAGCGAGCUCAUGCUGGAUAGCUGCCCCUUUCCAGCAGACUCCGAACUGGCACAAAAGUGGUAUCUGAUCAAGCAGCACACUGCACCCAUCUCCCAGCCGGCUCUCCUGGAUACCAUGGGUGGGGCUGCUGCUUGUAGCUCAAACCUGUCAUCUCUGGUUGAGGAUGAGGAUGAUCGUUUGCGUGAACGGCGGCGAAUCAGUAUUGAACAAGGUGUGGAGCCUCCACCCAAUGCCCAGAUUCAUACGUUUGAAGUGACUGCGCAGAUUAACCCACUCUACAAACUGGGACCCAAACUGGCUCAUGGUAUGAAUGAGCUUGCAGGAGAUGACCGUGCCACUCUCCAACAGCAACAACAGCAGCAACGGCUCCUUUUGCAACAGCAACAGCAUCAGCUUUUGCAGAACUGCCUCGACACGCUGGAUGAAGUGGUGGCAUCCUCUGCAACCUCUGUGUCAUCUUCAUCCAUUGCUGCGGAUCCAGAAGUAGAUCCUGGAGCAGUCGCUGGCUGCCCCUGUUCUGAAACCUUUGUCCCUGAAAUGGAGCAGCCGAAGUCCAAGGACAACUAUCGGGUCCAUACACAGAUUGAUUACAUCCAUUGCCUUGUGCCAGAUCUCCUUCAGAUCACUAACCUGCCCUGCUACUGGGGUGUGAUGGAUCGCUAUGAGGCAGAAACCCUUCUGGAGGGCAAGCCUGAGGGUACUUUUCUCCUACGUGACUCAGCUCAAGAGGACUACCUCUUCUCAGUUAGCUUUCGCCGUUAUGGUCGCUCACUGCACGCCCGCAUUGAGCAGUGGAACCACAACUUUAGCUUUGAUGUUCAUGACCCUAGUGUCUUUCAUGCCUCUACUGUCACGGGACUUUUGGAGCACUACAAAGACCCCAACUCUUGUAUGUUUUUUGAGCCUUUGCUCUCCAACCCCAUCCACCGCACACAGCCAUUCAGUCUUCAGCACAUUUGUCGAGCUGUUAUUAGCAGCUGCACUACCUAUGAUGGAAUUGACAUGCUGCCAAUCCCCAGUGCCCUUAAGGAACACCUCAAGGAGUACCACUAUAAGCAGAAAGUACGUGUUCGGAGGCUGGACACCUGGUGGGAGUAAUAUUGCCUGCUUCUCUCUUGUUUCUUUACUUUGGUUGAGUCUGACUUUCUGUUGUUUUAAUAUUACCAUUCUGGAACAUCUUGCUACUUUAGCAGUUUAAUUUGGCUGAGGAAAAUCUCUAACUAUAGAAAUGCUUGUGUAAAAUUCCAAACUGUACUGGCAGUUAAAUUUGAUUCCUCCACAAUAUUUAAAUAUGUGACCAUGAGGUGAGAAUAGGUGAAAGAAAAUAUUUAAAGUUUACCUGAAUGUUUUAAAAGAUCCAGGAGUUACAGUUUACCUCACUGUGAUUUUGGGAUUAAUAACAAACUUCCUACAUUUUGGAAUGGAAGUUACCAAGGAAAUUUUAUUUUUUUUUUUAUUUUUAAUUUGGUGUUCAGGAAACAUUUAUGCUAUGUAUAACUUUUUCUAAAGAACAUUUAAGCUUAAAUAU